AUGGCCGACUCAACGGAUAUCGAGCUUCAGAACAAGCAGUACCUGCACGCCGCGCGCACCGACGACGCUGCGCUGCUCCAGUCGCUCCUGGAUCCGCAGCCCGAUUUCGACCAGAACCACGUCGACGGACUGGGCAACAACGCGCUCCACUACGCCGCCGCGCACCAGUCGACCGAGGUGCUCGGCGACAUCCUCGACCUCGAGAUCGACGUCGACGCCCAGAACCGCAUCGACGCAAACACGCCGCUCCACGAGGCCGUCAAGGUCGACAUCGAUGGACCGGACGCAGAGAGGAAAGAGGAGCUGAGGAACUGGAUCGUCAACGAGCUGCUCGAGUCCGGGGCCGACCCCCGCAUCCAGAACAAGGACGGCGACAAGCCCGUCGACCUGCUCUCCUACGGGAGAAAGGCCAACACCGCGCUCGGCAAGCAGCUCUACGAGCGGUUGAAGCGCGCAGAGGCCGAGGUCGCCGUCGACCAGAGCGACAUCGCGCGCGACGACGACGACGACGAGGGCAGCGAGGGCACGCCUUCCGACGACGAAUGA